AUGCAGCCUUCCGAGCCCAAAAUAAGAGGAAUUCUGCAAAAGAUCAAGCGCAAGCUUUUCUAUGACAGCCCUCUCAGUGACGGUGCUUUGUUCGAUGCUGGCAGGAGAGCUAACACAAGCCGACGUUUUGAUGAUGUAUCUAAUGGUUUAAGGUCUGUCGGCUUCUUCGUUCAAGACCCUGAUGAAAACUCAUCUCACAGUAAUCCUAUCGCGGACGUUAAAGCCGACAGUGGCCAAUGUGAAGGCCAGCCACAGUCUGCUGUACAUCCGAGACCGCUGGCAUCACCAAGGGGCCAUAGAAACCAACAUAGAGGCUUUUCUUCACCCACAACGUCGGAUAUUGGGACUCAUGUUUUUUCAACCCGAAGAAACUUUUCCGGCAGUCAUGGCUCUUCCGCACUGAGAAGCUGUAACAUCUGCGCUGAAGAACGGCCCGAGCGCGAUUUCCCGACGGUUCCAGUUACCAGUGACUGCGUACAUGCCGCCAACUUUGCUUGCAAUGAAUGUGUCCGCCGCCAGAUCACAAUGCAGCUCUCGAAUCACGGUGACGCCCCUCCGACAUGCGUAGGGUGCCAGCGACCUCUAUCUGACCAAGACAUGCAACGUAACGCAACACGUGAAGACUUUGAGCGCUACUGCGAACGGGCUGCUUACAAACUUUUAGAGAGCGAUCAUCGAUUCAUCUGGUGCCCGCUGUCAGGCUGCGGAGGAGGCCAGAUCCAUGAAUAUGGCUCCGAGGAGCCUAAGGUUACCUGUUGUCGCUGCGGCGGAGCGUACUGCUUUAUAGACAAGGUAAGAUGGCAUACAGGCUCGACAUGUCGUGAGUAUAGCAUGAAUCCCGAACUCGCCGAGUAUGUCCGCUCCCAAGAAGAGGCAGGACCCCGGGGCAGCAGAGGUGCGCCGGCUGAGAGUCUUCAGGAUGAAGCCACGGCCCAAGAAAGGAGGAUAAAGGCAGCGCAGGAGAUGAGGGAAAUAGAGGAGCGGAGAGACGCAGAUUUUGUCCGCAGCCGCGCAAUGCCCUGCCCAAAAUGUAAAUAUAUGACACAGAAGGACGGUGGCUGUAAACACGUGACCUGUAAGCCAACCCAAUACCCCAGCCUCCCCAUUUUGCUCGUCUGGGCGUGGCUGACUCUUGAUUCCCGGGGCGACAAGGUGGGAAAUGUGGCUUGCAAUAUUGCUGGAAGUGCCGAGUAG